CAUCUGUUUUGGCAUGAAAUCUCCAGAAGAGAUGCGUCAGCAAGCUCACAUUCAAGUGGUUAGCAAAAACUUGUAUAGUCAGGACAACCAUCACUCUCCGCUGCAGUAUGGAGUACUUGACCAUCGCAUGGGAACCAGUGAAAAAGACCGUCCCUGUGAAACCUGUGGAAAAAAUCUAGCUGAUUGUUUAGGACAUUAUGGGUACAUUGACUUAGAACUGCCCUGUUUUCAUGUUGGAUACUUCAAAGCUGUGAUAGGCAUCUUACAGAUGAUCUGCAAAACCUGUUGCCGUAUCAUGCUGUCGGUGGAAGAAAAAAAGCAAUUUUUGGAUUACCUGAAGCGACCUGGCCUUACAUAUCUUCAGAAGAGAGGGCUAAAAAAGAAAGUGUCUGAAAAGUGCCGAAAGAAAAACACUUGUCCUUACUGUGGUGCCUUUAAUGGAACUGUGAAGAAGUGUGGUUUGUUGAAAAUAAUACAUGAAAAGUACAAGACCAAUAAGAAAGUGGUAGAUCCAAUAGUGUCUACUUUUCUGCAGUCCUUUGAAACUGCCAUAGAACAUAACAAAGAAGUAGAACCCUUACUGGGAAGAGCUCAGGAAAACUUAAAUCCUUUAGUAGUGUUGAACCUCUUCAAAAGAAUCCCAGCGGAAGAUAUCCCUCUGCUUCUAAUGAACCCAGAAGCAGGUAAACCUUCAGACUUGAUCCUUACGCGACUCUUAGUGCCUCCACUGUGUAUCAGACCCUCUGUAGUGAGUGACUUGAAGUCUGGCACCAAUGAAGAUGACUUAACAAUGAAACUGACAGAGAUAAUUUUCCUCAACGAUGUAAUAAAAAAGCAUAGGAUAUCAGGAGCAAAAACACAGAUGAUUAUGGAAGACUGGGACUUUCUUCAGCUGCAGUGUGCCUUGUACAUUAACAGUGAGCUCUCGGGGAUUCCUCUCAACAUGGCACCUAAGAAAUGGACCAGAGGUUUUGUUCAGAGACUUAAGGGAAAGCAAGGUCGAUUUAGAGGCAAUCUGUCUGGAAAGCGAGUGGAUUUCUCUGGCAGAACAGUCAUUUCACCUGAUCCUAACUUAAGAAUAGAUGAAGUGGCAGUGCCUAUUCAUGUUGCUAAAAUACUAACUUUUCCUGAAAAGGUGAACAAAGCGAAUAUUAAUUUUAUGAGGAAACUUGUCCGUAAUGGUCCUGAUGUUCAUCCUGGAGCCAACUUCAUACAGCAAAGGCACACACAGAUGAAAAGGUUUUUGAAAUACGGAAACCGAGAAAAGAUGGCCCAGGAGCUGAAGUUUGGUGAUAUUGUGGAGCGACAUCUUAUAGAUGGUGACAUAGUCCUGUUUAAUCGCCAACCCUCUCUUCAUAAGCUGAGCAUCAUGGCUCACAUUGCUAGAGUAAAACCUCAUAGAACAUUCAGAUUUAAUGAAUGUGUCUGUACACCAUACAAUGCAGACUUUGAUGGAGAUGAGAUGAACCUUCACCUUCCUCAGACAGAAGAAGCAAAAGCAGAAGCACUUGUUUUAAUGGGGACUAAAGCAAACUUGGUUACACCAAGAAACGGAGAACCUCUCAUUGCUGCUAUUCAGGAUUUCCUCACAGGUGCCUAUCUUCUUACGUUAAAAGAUACCUUUUUUGAUCGAGCCAAAGCCUGCCAAAUUAUUGCUUCUAUCCUGGUUGGCAAGGAUGAAAAGAUUAAAGUUCGUCUUCCACCUCCAGCAAUUCUGAAGCCUGUAACACUCUGGACAGGAAAACAGGUUUUCAGCCUCAUUCUCAAACCCAGUGAUGAUUGUCCUGUAAAAGCCAAUCUACGAACCAAGGGCAAACAGUAUUGUGGCAAAGGGGAAGACCUGUGUUACAAUGAUUCUUAUGUCACAAUUCAAAACAGUGAGUUAAUGAGUGGCAGUAUGGACAAAGGAACCUUAGGUUCAGGAUCCAAGAACAACAUCUUCUACAUCUUGCUGAGAGACUGGGGACAGGUAGAAGCUGCAGAUGCCAUGUCGCGACUAGCCAGACUUGCUCCUGUCUAUCUUUCUAAUCGUGGCUUUUCAAUUGGAAUUGGUGAUGUAACCCCUGGGCAGGGCCUGCUAAAAGCUAAGUACGAGCUCCUGAAUGCUGGCUAUAAGAAAUGUGAUGAGUAUAUUGAAGCUCUGAACACUGGCAAGCUACAGCAGCAGCCUGGUUGUACUGCAGAAGAGACACUAGAGGCCUUAAUCCUGAAAGAACUCUCUGUUAUCAGAGAUCACGCUGGCAGUGCCUGUCUCAGAGAACUGGACAAGAGCAACAGUCCCCUUAUCAUGGCUCUCUGUGGUUCUAAAGGCUCCUUCAUUAAUAUAUCCCAGAUGAUUGCUUGUGUAGGUCAGCAGGCUAUCAGUGGGUCCCGAGUUCCUGAUGGGUUUGAGAACAGAUCCUUGCCUCACUUUGAGAAGCAUUCUAAGCUCCCAGCAGCAAAAGGCUUUGUUGCUAACAGCUUCUAUUCUGGGUUGACUCCUACUGAAUUUUUUUUUCAUACAAUGGCUGGUCGAGAAGGUCUGGUUGACACAGCUGUAAAAACAGCUGAAACAGGAUAUAUGCAGAGGCGGCUGGUAAAAUCACUUGAAGAUCUUUGCUCACAGUAUGAUUUAACAGUCAGAAGUUCUACUGGUGACAUUAUACAGUUUAUUUAUGGGGGAGAUGGCUUGGAUCCUGCAGCCAUGGAAGGGAAGGAUGAACCACUGGAAUUCAAGCGAGUUCUAGACAAUAUCAGGGCUGUAUAUCCAUGCCGAAGUGAACCAGCCCUUAGUAAAAAUGAAUUGGUGUUAACAGCUGAGUCCAUCAUGAAGAAGAACGAAUUUCUUUGCUGCCGAGACAGUUUUCUGCAGGAAAUUAAAAAAUUCAUCAAAGGUGUUUCUGAGAAGAUUAAAAAAACUAGGGACAAGUAUGGCAUUAAUGACAAUGGCACAACAGAGCCACGAGUUUUGUAUCAGUUGGAUAGGAUUACUCCAACACAAUUAGAGAAGUUUCUAGAGACUUGUAGGGACAAAUACAUGAGGGCACAGAUGGAGCCUGGUUCUGCAGUAGGAGCUCUUUGUGCACAGAGUAUUGGUGAGCCUGGCACACAGAUGACUCUGAAGACUUUCCAUUUUGCUGGCGUUGCUUCAAUGAACAUUACUUUGGGAGUGCCAAGAAUCAAAGAAAUCAUUAAUGCUUCAAAGGCUAUUAGCACCCCUAUUAUAACAGCACAGUUGGACAAAGAUGAUGAUCCUGAUUUUGCCCGUCUGGUUAAAGGAAGAAUUGAGAAAACUUUACUAGGAGAGAUUUCAGAAUAUAUUGAGGAAGUGUUUCUUCCAGAUGAUUGUUUCAUCCUAGUGAAGCUGUCUUUAGAGCGCAUUAGACUACUGAGAUUAGAGGUGAAUGCAGAGACUGUGCGCUACUCUAUUUGCAUAUCUAAACUCAGAGUAAAGCCUGGGGACGUUGCUGUCCAUGGAGAAGCAGUUGUAUGUGUGACGCCUCGUGAAAAUAGCAAGAGUUCAAUGUAUUAUGUAUUGCAGUCCCUGAAGGAAGAACUACCAAAGGUUGUGGUGCAAGGUAUACCAGAGGUUUCCCGAGCUGUCAUUCACAUUGAUGAACAAAGUGGAAAGGAAAAAUAUAAACUUCUAGUUGAAGGUGAUAAUCUGCGAGCUGUUAUGGCUACUCAUGGAGUGAAAGGAACAAAAACGUCCUCUAACAACACUUACGAGGUAGAGAAGACACUAGGAAUUGAAGCUGCUCGGACGACCAUUAUCAAUGAGAUUCAGUAUACAAUGGUGAACCAUGGUAUGAGCAUUGACAGGAGACAUGUUAUGUUGCUGUCUGAUCUAAUGACUUAUAAGGGUGAAGUGCUGGGCAUUACUAGGUUUGGACUGGCAAAAAUGAAGGAAAGUGUGUUGAUGCUGGCUUCCUUUGAAAAGACUGCAGACCAUCUCUUUGAUGCUGCCUACUUUGGACAGAAGGAUUCUGUUUGUGGUGUUUCUGAGUGCAUCAUCAUGGGAAUUCCAAUGAAUAUUGGAACGGGACUUUUUAAACUGUUGCACAAAGCAGACAAAGAAUCAACCCCUCCAAGGAGGCCUCUGAUAUUUGAUAAUAAUGAAUUUCAUAUUCCCAUUGUUACAUAGCACUUGGACAUAAUACAAGGUA